AUCUCUCUGCUCCACUAAGCGGGAAAAACAGUCCGUUCAAGGUUUUUGAAUUCUCUCUCUCUCUCUCUCUUCGCCAUAGACGCUGGACUUUGCUGCCCCAAAGUUCCUUCUUUUCCUUCGUUUUCUCUCAAAAUUUUCUCGGCAAACAAACUGAAUAUACUCCCCCAUUUUGCCCAACCUAAAAACUCUGGGUAUCCCCAAAUGUCUUCAAGUCAACGUCAACACCGAAUCAAACCCAAAUCUAAACCCUAACUACGGAUGAAGAAUAUGCCAGGGCACCAAAAGCAACCCCAAAACGGAGAGGCCGGCGGUGGUGAAAUUGGGAAGUUCCACGGACUCCAGCCGGAGCGUGAUUUGGAAGCUAAUUGGGAAGUCGAUCUUGCCAAAAAGCUUGAAGAUUAUCUCUUGAAGAUUUGUUCCGGUGAAAUUACUGGCUCCCAAGACGAUGACGGACAUAGCUCAGUAAAUUUCGCUGAAGCUGCAUUGUUGCUUCAGGGUUCAGUUCAAGUGUAUAGCCGAAAAGUAGAGUAUCUAUACAACUUGGUUUUGCAUGCUUUGGAAUUUCUUUCUCAAAAGAGGCAACAAGAUCAACCCAAUGGUGAAUCGGUUCAGGCCGAAGAAAGUGCUUCACGUGCUUCUCCGGAUGAGGACCAUGAUAAAUUUUGGGACUUAGAUGACAUUCCAGUGGAAGCAAAGAUUAGCUUAGAUAGUUCGACGAACAAUGACACUUUGGUUAACCACUUUGUGAAGCCCCCCGCAAAUUUAGUUGUUCUUGAAGGUGAUUGUUUAGACACUUCUGGUGAUGGCAGCGAGUUAGAGUCCUAUCUGUUGGCAACAAAUGAUCUCUAUCAGGAUUUUAUUCUAUUAGAUCCAUAUGAUGCAGCAGCUGUUGAUGAUUAUUUGAAUGGUGAUGAUGCUGGUAAAGGUGAAUAUGGCACUAAUAAGGGAAGUUCAAGGCGCAAGAGCUUUCAGUCUCCCACAUGGCGUUCAGGGGGAACUGCACAUAAAUCAUCUCACAGAAAGAAUAAGGAUACUAAUGCUAAUCAAUCUCCUAGGGUUGAUUGCGAUUUUGGUGUUAAUGAUUGUAAUAUUGGGGCCGUUCCUUCUGCCACUGAUGACUUUGGGAAUGUAGAUCAUGGAUGUGAUAUGGAUGAUAGGUAUUCAAAUCCUAGAGACUUAGAUGAUUCAGAUGACGACGACGAUGAUAAUGAUCCAUGGAAACCUCUGAAUCCCCAUGAACCUGGAAACUUGAAAGUGAGGCCUUUCAGAAAAGUAAAAGCUUCCAGAAAAAAUGGGGUAAAUUCUACAAAGAUAACCACUUUGUUUCCACUCGCUAGAUUGCGGGGUACCAUUAGUCCUGAACUUUCAGAAAUGUGGGAGAGACGGCAGAAUGCCAUUGAAAAACAAAGGGAAUCCAAGUCUCCUCCAUUAUACGAAAAGCUUCGGCAAUCACUAACUGGGCAAGGAACUGGUGUUGCUAAUAUUUUUGCUAAUUUCGAAGAAGAUAACGAAAACAAUGGUUAUCAUGAUGAGAAUGCUGACUUUGGUGGACCUGAUUUUGACGAGCCAGAGAAUAUGCCUAUGGAUGAAGAUUUACCUUUCAAGAAUGAGAAGCAUGAGAAUGGUGAUGCUGAACUUGGAAAGAAUGAAAUGUUUGACAAUGGAGAUCCAUGUUCUCAAGCAAGCCUGGAAGAUCUUUGCCGCUCUCACCUGGAUGCUCUGCUUGCCAGCAUAGCUGAAAAUGAGAAGCAAACUGAACUGGCUGCUCGAGUUUCGUCAUGGAAACAGAAAAUAGAGCACAACUUGGAAGAGCAGGAUUCACAUCCCCCAUUUGAUAUUCAUGAGUAUGGUGAAAGAAUUCUUGACAAGCUAUCACUUGAAGCCAACAAAGAUGUCAUGCCAUUCGGUGAUCUUGUUAAGGGUCAAGAAAAGCAUGAUGUUGCUCGUUCCUUUUCUGCACUUCUCCAAUUGGUGAACAAUGGAGAUGUUGGGUUAGAACGAACCGGACUUUGUGGUGAGUCUGUUUGUUAUACGGCUGAAAACCCUUUCCAUGUCCAGAUCCUUAAGCAGGACAAGAGGAGUGUGGAAACUCAACUUGGAAUUCCCAAAAAGAGAGGUAAAUCACCAUCACGUAAAAAACCUACAAAAGCUGACAGAAAUAUAUCUUCACCGGAGAAAUGUCAAUCGAUAAAUGCGGAUUCAGAUUAUGGAUCAACAAAGUUGUCAUCACAGAAUUGCAAAGCUUCUGUUAAGCUUGGGAAGUUCAGCGGUGUAAGAUGCACUCCUGAGGGCAAGAGGAGACGAAGAUCUCGAUUGGUCGAACCUGUGGACCUGCAUUCGGCACUGUGACACAAACAUCAGAAAGAAAGUUAGGGCAGUCUUGUAUUGUUACAGCAGCAAUUCAACACUUUCAGCUGAAUAGCUCUGAAGAUUUCUCACCAUAGAUUUAGAUUAUUUGACAAUGUUAGCUAUGAAUUUGUAUUAUUGGUGUAACUCAGUCUUAGGAUGUGAUUAUCAGUCCCAAUGGCUUGUAUUAAGUAUUAACAUAGUACUACCAGUUUUCCUUGUAGAUUAUGCUCUUAUGGUAUGUAAUAAUAUCGACCUGUUUACAUCGUUAAGGUAAAUUAGCCACGUGGCUUAUACUAUUUGUCUA